UGAAACAUAGGAAGAAAACAGUGCACACAGCCACGCCGCCCACUAAACAAGGCAAAGACAACAAUUUCGCAAUCGCCGCUGCUUCCCAGUUUAAAUGUACAGAGGAGCUCAGGAGCUCAGACACCCACAGACAGACGGAGGACUGCCGCUGUUACCCCACAGAGGAGCCAACAAAAGAUGGACCAUGUUGACAUGCUGGCUGUGACGUCGCUGUGAGGUUUUGGAGCUAGCUGUGUUUUCCUUAUGUCACUUGGAGUUGGUCAACCUUUCUACUAGAUCUAUUUGGUUUUUUUUACUUUAAACAUUUCUGUUGUGAGCCAGUAGUAGGACCCACCUUUAAAACAUGGAGACUCUUUCCCAAGAUUCCAUACUGGAGUGCCAGAUCUGCUUUAACUACUACAGCCCCCGCCGGCGGCCUAAACUCCUGGAUUGCCGUCACACAUGCUGCUCAGUAUGUUUGACCCAGAUGCGGAGCAGCCAGAAGGAGAUUCGCUGUCCCUGGUGCCGCGGCGUCACCAAGCUCCCGCCGGGCCUGUCCGUCUCCCAGCUCCCAGACGACCCAGACAUCAUCACUGUCAUCGCCAUCCCUCAUGCCUCUGAGCACACGCCCGUCUUCAUCCGCCUCCCCAGCAACGGCUGCUACAUGCUGCCCCUUCCUGUCGCCAAGGAGCGGGCGCUUGGCCUGCCCGGAGAGCUGGGAUGUCGCUUCCUGCCUGGUAGCCAGCAGAAGGGCGUGACUGUGGUGACCAUGCCUGAGCAACAGCCUUUGGGCCUGGCUAUGGGGCUGGAGGGGGUAGGGGUGGGGCUGGAUGGAGGAGAGGGCGAGAGGAGAGUUACUGGGCCAGUGGUAGGUGGAGGUAAAGGCUCCACAUGGUCCGGCGUAUGCACGGUGAUCCUGGUGGCAUGCGUGCUGCUGUUCCUCUUGGGCAUUGUGCUGCACAACAUGUCUUGCAUCUCCAAACGCUUCACUGUCAUCUCCUGCGGUUGAGGGCGUGGGGAGGCUGCUCAGACUGCUGCGGACCCUUCCUGGAUUCCCCCACUAGCCCUGUCUCUCCUCGGUAUGGGACUCUGCUGAGGAGAGGGGACUAAACUCACAUCAAUGGGCAUCCAAGGAAACUACAGAGCAAUGUAGAGAGACACAGAUGAAGAAGGCAUGAAGGAGAUCCACAAAUAGUCUGCCAUCUUCUUUUUUCUUUUUUUUCCUUUUUUUUGUUUGAGGAACGGAAAUACACACACCAACCUUCCCUUUCCUCUGGUCCAACAACACUUUGCUGGCCUUGA